AGUUUGCACCGAUCUGGGACGCAAAUCGGAGAGAAACCAUAUAGGCGGCUGCAGGAAGGAGGAUUUUUGGAGAGCGUUUCCUUUGACUGAAUAAUUGUACAAAGCGGCCAUACACCAAUGAUGAAUUACUUCAUCCUGCUGUCGCUUCUUGCCACGGUUUUCGCUGGAAAGUCACCUCGGCUGAAAUUUGUUGUGCACGAGCCGCCGAGGUUCCACUUUGUGAAGCCGGAGAACUACAUCAGCAUGUACCACCAGGAGGGCACCAACACGCUGUACGUGGGCGGGCAGGCGGUGGUCUUCGUGCUGACGUUCACCGACAGAGGGGUCCGCGACCUGCAGAUCCCAGUGGUGACCGACGAGACUGCAAAGGCCACGUGCAUGGCAAAGUCGGCACCGCCCAAGUUGGAGUGUGAUAAUUUCAUCACCGUAAUCCAGAAAGUAAAUGACACCUUUGUCGUGUGUGGGACAAACGCUGGAAGCCCCAAAUGCUGGCUGCUGGUAAAUGACACCGUGCUGACCGACGCCCAGGGCAGCGGGCAGAUAGCAUCGGCCUCUGACAUUUCACCUCCUUACCCCUCCCAGAGGUCCAUCAGCCUGUCUGCAGAUGGGAGUCUGUAUUCUGCUCUGUCGUCGGUGGGAGGUCACGCCGGCUCUAUCCGACGGACGUUUGGCUCCCAGAAACUUCUGAAGACGGAGAACGUUUGGCUGCUGAAUCCACAGUUUGCCGGCGCGGCCGUGAUCCCAGCCUCGCAAAAGUACAAGGAGGAGAUCUACUUCUUCUUCAGUGAGAUCAACAAGACGGCGAGGGUGGACGAGGAGCCGUACAGGGCUCGCAUCGGCCGAAUCUGCACGGUGGACGAGGGGGGGAUCAAAGCCCUGCUGCCCGAGUCGUGGACCACCUUCAUGAAGGCCCGGGUGAUGUGCGGCGCCGGCAGCACUCAGCAGCAGUACAACAACAUCAAGCAGGCCGUGGUGCUGACGGCGCAGGACAAGAGGGCCGGGGUCAUGUACGGCCUGUUCGCCAACGCCUGGGGCCGAACAGUGAUCUGUGCCUACUCCAUCGAAGACAUUGACCAGGCCUUCUCAACCUCUAAACUGAAGGGCUACAGCAGUCCAUUCAUCGGCAGCCGCCCGGGGACGUGUGUCCGCAAGAACUCGACGGCGGGAGGCCACAACGACAUCAAAAACCUGGGGGUGAUCAGGUACCACCCCGAGAUCGAGGACGUGAUCCGUCCCGUCGGCGUGGCCCCCCUCGACCUGCUCUCCGACGAUCACAUCACACACACCGUGGCCGACAUCGUCCUGGCGGUCAACGACGAGCACUACAGUGUCCUGUACCUCGGAACAGAACAAGGCAAAGUUCUCAAAGUUCUUCACACCAGCGAGGAGGCCUUCAUCAUAUCUCAGUACUCUCUGUUCAACAACGAGGGUCCCGUCCUAAACAUGGCCAUCGACCCCCAGAAGGGCCAUCUUUAUGUUGGCACAGCGAUGGAGGUCCAGAGACUGCCGCUGGCUGACUGCAGUCGCUAUGGCGACACAUGCAGGGAGUGCAUCCUUUCUCGGGAUCCGUACUGCGGCUGGGACAGGGCCAGGAGGAGGUGCAUCGCCAUCCCCCCUGGAUACAACAUCAGCACCGGGGCACUCACUCAGAAUCUGGACCAGUCGAAUGCCUCCGUUUGCGGGGAAGCUGCCGCUCUGAAGCAGCGUAAAACCUCCCCCAGAGAAGUGGUGGUGCAGUCGAACACCUCCGUCUUCCUCCCGUGCCCCGUGCGCUCCUUCCACGCCACCUACCGCUGGGAGAAGGACAACUGCAAGAGGGACUACCCCUGUGUGUUCUCUGGGGACUCCUGCGUCCUGGGACCCGUUGUGGACACGCCCCUAAAGGAGGGCGUCUUCCGCUGCAUGGCCACCGAGGACGGAUUCAGGGUGGAGGUCAUCUCCUACAGGCUGGUGUACAACGGCGGGCCCCUGGCGGCCUCCCUGGCCUCCACCUUGGGGCCGUCGCUCCUGCUCGCCGCAGCCGCCCUGUGGCUCCUGUAACUGCAGCUAAUGCUAAUGCUAACCCCCUCAUCCUUAUUGGCUCCCGAUGACAGGAAAGACGAGGAGCCGCCGGUACAAGGUUAGGUUCGCAGAGCAUUGAAGUGGUUGGGCUGUACAGUGACUUCGAUUCAC